CUAAAUACAACUUUUUAUUUUCUUCAAAUCAUUUCAUUUUUUUUUUCAUUGUACCAAACUGGCCUAAGCGACAAAUAACGUACCUAUCACAACACAUAAAGUAUUUAUUCUCGGUCAAUCACAAAAUCAUUUUCAACAACUUACAUUUGUACUCACAUAAUUGUAAUGAUACAAAUCGACAAUAUGAAGAGAAGUACACAAAUCUAUAUAAUAUAUUGAACUCGUAAAAAAGCCAUAUUAGGUGACGCAGCCCACCAUAAUCAAUAAAGUUUAUUUGAGAGCAGGAAGUUCUUUAUAUGCACACCCUUUUGCAGGAAAGAUUAUACACACACACACACAUACACACACAAUUGCUGACUCUGCUCCUCCUCCCUCUCUCUCUAGAUGUCCUCCUCCUCCUCCUCCGUUACAGCAGAAGAUCAAAUUCACACACACACACACACUAGUAUGGGUUCGGCCGAAAUAGAACCAAUGGGUAGAUGCCACGUGGUGGCCUUGCCUUAUCCAGGAAGAGGACACAUCAACCCUUUGAUCAACCUCUGCAAACUACUAGUUUCUCGGAGCAGCGACGAUCUUCUGAUCACCUUCGUCGUCACGGAGGAGUGGCUUAGCUUCAUCGGCUCCGAGCCCAAGCCGGCUAACAUUCGGUUCCGCACAAUCCCCAACGUCCUGCCUUCCGAGCUGGUCCGCAGCGCCGACAUGCCCAGCUUCAUCGAUGCCGUUUUGACGAAGAUGGAGGAGCCGUUCGAGCAGCUCCUGGACCGGCUGGAGCAGCCGCCAUCGCUCAUCAUGGCUGAUGUUUUUGUUCCGUGUGCGGUUAACGUCGGGAAGCGGAGGAAUAUUCCUGUGGCUGCGAUUUGUCCCACGUCGGUAUCGGUGUUUUCAGUCUUUUACCAUUUUGACCUUUUGGUGCACAACCAGCAUUAUCCUUUCGAUGUGUCAGAAAGAGGAGAUGAGCGGGUGGGUUACAUCCCCGGAAUAUCAUCAAUCCGUCUGGUAGAUCUUCCUACAAUCUUCUACGAAAGUGAACAACUUUUGUACAACGCUGUCGAAAUGAUUUCUCAUGUGGACAAAGCACAAUUUUUGUUGUUCACCUCCAUAUUUGAGCUCGAAGCUCAUGUCUUCAAUGCUUUAAAAGCAAAAAUGCCAAUACCCAUGUACUCUUUUGGCCCCUUAAUACCUCAUUUCACACUUGGUGACGGUGCCUCUGACCAAAUGGCUAGCCACAAUGACACCAAUUACCACAAAUGGUUAGAUUCUCAGCCUCAAGGCUCUGUUUUGUACAUUUCAAUGGGGAGUUUCCUCUCUGUUUCAAGUGCCCAAAUGGAUGAAAUUGCAGCCGGGUUGCGCGCUAGUGGUUUACGGUUCUUGUGGGUGGCCUGUGGGGAAGCUUCAAGGCUAACGGAGGCUUGUGGAGACGCAGGAAUGGUGGUGCCUUGGUGUGACCAAUUGAAGGUCUUGUGCCAUUCUUCAGUGGGGGGAUUUUGGAGUCAUUGUGGAUGGAAUUCAACUAUGGAAAGUGUUUUCGCUGGCGUACCAAUGCUUACCUUUCCUUUACUUAUGGAUCAAGUCCCAAUUAGUAAGACUAUAGUCGAAGAUUGGAGGAUUGGGUGGAGGGUCAUGAAGAGGGAAGGGAGAAUGGAAAAUUUGGUGGGGAGAGAGGAAAUUGCUGACCUUGUGAGGAGGUUCAUGGAUUUGGAAAGCGCAGAGAGACAAGAAAUGACUAGAAGGGCAAGAGAACUUCAGAAGAUUUCUCGACAAGCAAUGGUUAAAGGAGGAUCUUCUGAAGUCAACCUUAGUGCUUUCGUUAGGGUCAUUUCACAAUUGACAAGAACAUUAAGUUGAUUUACUUGUUACUUUAGAUUUUAUGAACAUUAUGGACACUACUGUAUUAAUGCAUGGUAUAUGUUCUUUCUGCAUUCUUUUUACGUCUCUACACACACAUAUACAUAUUCAUGGGCACUAAUAAAGUC